AUGAAGGCAGCCACAGUGCCAGUGCUUCUGACCCUGGCUCUUUGCCUCAUAAAAGAUGCCGUCAGUGAGGAUGCUAAUCAGGACGCAUGCAAUGAGUUUCAGGCAUUGAUGAAAAAUGGAAAACUGUUCUGUCCUCAAGAUAAGAUCCUGUUUCAAAGUCCUGAAGGAAUAACGCUCAUCAACAAAUGUGCCACAUGCAAACUGACACUGGAGAAAGCAACAAAAUCUCAGAGAAGAGCCAGGCAUUUAGCAAGAGCCACAAGGGACACUGCUCCAGCCAAGCUGAAUUGCAAUGAAUUCAAGAAAGACGGACAGGAUGGGGAGUUUGUCUGCACCGACGCGGCGGCGGCUGUGUGUGGCACGGAUGGGAAGACGUACCGCAGCCGCUGUGAGCUCUGUGCCGAGAAAGCGAAAUCCGGGUCCCAAAUUGACAUCAAAAGAGAAGGAGAGUGCGAAGGAGGUAACGCAGAGCAGGAUGUGUGCAGUGCCUUUCGAGCCUACGUGAAGGACGGAAGGCUUGGCUGCACGAGAGAAAACGAUCCAAUUCGCGGUCCCGACGGGAGAACGCACGGGAACAAGUGUGCCAUGUGUGCCGAGCUCUUCUUAAAAGAAGCUCAAGAAAAUGCCAAACAAGGAGGUGAAAACAGAAUUCGACGAGAUGCUGAAAGGGAACUUUGCAAGGAAUUUGAAGGCCAAGUGAGGAACGGAAGACUGCCUUGUACCCGGGAGAGUGACCCAGUCCGUGGCCCUGACGGCAGGAUGCAUGACAACAAGUGUUCCCUGUGUGCUGAGAUAUUUUUGCGCCAGUUUUCAGAAGAAAAAAGUCAAGCGGGUGAAAACCUGACCAAGGAUGAAGAAAAGGUCAAAGUGAAACGAGAAACCGAGAAGCUCUGCAGUGAAUUUCAAGGUCGUGCGAAGAAUGGAAUGCUUUUCUGUACCAGAGAAAGUGACCCCGUUCGUGGUCCUGAUGGGAAAAUGCAUGACAACACGUGUUCCAUGUGUCAAGCCUUCUUCAUAGCCGAGGCUGAAGAAAAGAAAAAGAUGGAAGCCCAAGCAAGAAACAGAAGAGGAGCUGGAAGAAGAACGCCUUCAUAUGCAGAGCUUUGCCAGGAAUACCGCCAGAUAGUGAGGAAUGGUAAACUGCCCUGCACCCGGGAGAACGACCCCAUCCAGGGCCCGGACGGGAAGAUGCACGGGAACACCUGCUCCAUGUGUGAGGCCUUCUUUCAAGCAGAAGAAAAAGCAAAGAAAAAGAAAGAAAGUGAAUCAAGAAAUAAAAGACAGUCCAAAAACACCACUUCCUUUGAGGAGCUGUGUAGUGGAUACCGCAAUUCCAGAAGGAAUGGACAACUUGUGUGCACCCGGGAGAACGACCCCAUCCAGGGCCCGGACGGGAAGAUGCACGGGAACACCUGCUCCAUGUGUGACGUCUUCUUUAAGCAAGAAGAAAGAGCAAAAGCAAAGGCUAAGAGAGACGCUGCAAAGGAAACAUGCAAUGAGUUCCGGGAUCACGUCAGGGAAGGCAUGCUCAUAUGCACCCGGGAGAACGAUCCUGUCCCUGGCCCCGAUGGGAAAAUGCACGUGAACAAGUGUGCCAUGUGUGCAAGCCUGUUCCAGCUAGAAGAAGAAGAGAAGAAAAAUAGUGAGAAAGAAGAAAAGGAGACAGCGGAGACUGAAAAGGUCAAGAGAGAAGCAGUCCAGGAGUUGUGCAGCGAGUACCGCCGCCACGUGCGGAAUGGCCGGCUCCCCUGUACCAGGGAGAACGACCCCAUUGAGGGUCUGGAUGGGAAGAUCCACGGGAACACCUGCUCCAUGUGCGAGGCCUUCUUUUUGCAGGAAGCCAAAGAAAAAGCUGAAUCUAGAGCUAGAAGAGGGGCUGACCAGGAUACUUGCAAUGAAUUUAGGAGCCUCUUGCAAGAUGGAAAUCUUUACUGCACACGAGAAAAUGACCCCGUACGUGGCCCAGAUGGCAAGACCCACGGCAACAAGUGUGCCAUGUGCAAAUCAGUCUUCAAGAAAGAAGAUGAAGAAAGAAAGAGAAAAGAAGAGGAAAACCAGAGGAACGCGGCGGGUUCUCAUGGUGGUGGAGGGAAAGCUAAGGACCAGUGUGCCGAAUUUCGGGAGCAUAUGAAGAACGGAAAGCUCAGCUGCACACGCGAGAGCGACCCGGUCCGUGGUGCAGAUGGGAAAUCGUACAACAAUAAAUGUGCCAUGUGUAAAGAGUUACUGCAGAGAGAAAUCGAGGAAAAAAAUAAGAAUUCUGGCUCAAGAACAAAUGGAACUGGAUCGGGAAAGGAUGUGUGCGAUCAGUUUAGGAGCCAAAUGAAAAAUGGAAAUCUCCUCUGCACCCGGGAGAGUGACCCCGUGCGAGGGCCGGAUGGCAAGACUCACGUCAACAAGUGCUCCAUGUGUAAGAACAAGCUGGAACGAGAAGCAGCUGAGAAGAAGAAGAAAGAGGACGAAGCCAAGAGGACGACGGGAGAGAGGAGCAAAAACAAGGAGGUCACACACGUCACUCGUGAUGUGUGCGUCGAAUUCCGGAGCAAGCAGAGAGACGGGAAGCUGGUCUGCACCCGGGAGAACGACCCUGUUCGAGGCCCGUACGGCAAGAUGCACGUGAACAAGUGUGCCAUGUGCCAGAGCCUCUUUCAGCGAGAAGCCGACGAGAGGAAAAAGGACGAUGGAGAAAGGAAAAAGGACGCUGAAGGGUCAAGUGCCCGGCCCUCCAAUGACGCCAAGGUGACCCAAGCCCCUUGCCCGCUCCCUUCCCCGGGGGGCCGUCAUGAGUUCGCUUCCAGGAACACUGCUUUUGCCCCCAUGGUCGCUGACGCGUGCGGGGCCUGCACCGGGGAGAGCCGGCCGGUGCGCGGGGCCGACGGCACGGUGUACCGGAACGCGUGCUACCGCUGCAGAGCCGUCCUUCAGCAAGAAGCUUUGGAAAGGGCAAAGCUUCAGGGAAAGCCAUCCCACAGCAGAGCUUCCGAAGAACAGCAGAGCCGCGCCGAGUCCUCCAUCGCUUCUCUGAAUUCUGACAUGUGCAAACACUACCAAAUACUGCCCAGGAUGGGUUACAUUUGCCCGAAGGUCCUGAAGUAUGUCUGUGGUGAUGACGGCCAGACCUAUGACAAUCCCUGCAUGCUCUGUCACGAGAACCUGAUGCGUCAAGCUAACGUUCACAUCCGUAGCGAAGGGAAGUGCGAGGAGGCAAAGGCCGCAGAACCAGCGCUGGCUGCCGCGGCUUCUGUGAGUUCUCCGGCCUCCACGGUGUUGGGGUUAGAAAGAGUCGGCUCUGCUUCUGUGCCCUUGUAG